UAUAAUAUAAAAAGCUUCAUUCUUUUUCGUAAUAAGAUACAUACAUGUUCUAACAUACAUAUUAUCUCUUGCUUUCUUCCAAACCUCUACAAAAGUAACUUUUCUAAUGUCUAUAAGAAAUAUAACCGAGGAUGGAGAUAAAACUCUCUUACUGCAGCAAGAAAUUUCUGAAAUCAGCUCUCCUCUCAGUGAAUUUCCGCCGAGUACUAAUGUUCUGGUUGUCGACGGCAGUCUCAGCACUUUACUUAAUAUGAAAGAAAUCAUGGAACGCUGUGCCUAUCAAGUGACGGCUUAUGCGGACGCAGAAGAAGCCAUUGCGUUUCUGACAAACUCUAAACAUGAGAUUAAUAUUGUAAUUUGGGAUUAUCAUAUGCCUGGAAUUAAUGGACUCCAAGCUCUCGCAAUCAUUGGUUCAAAGAUGGAUCUUCCUGUAAUAAUUAUGUCAGAUGACGAUCAAACAGAAUCAGUCAUGGACGCAAUGGUACAUGGUGCAUGCCACUAUGUUAUGAAACCCGUUAGAAAAGAGAUCAUAGCCACCAUAUGGCAACACAUUGUACGCAAGAGGAUGAAAUCUAAAACCGGUUUAGUUCCACCGGCUGUGGCUCAUGAUGACUGUUCAAAGCAAGAAAAAGAGGAAGCAAUAACAAAGAAACGAAGAAGGAUAGGUAUAGAAGAAACUCAACCAAUGCAAUCAGAUUUGGUUAAGAGUAACGGCUCAGACCAAGACAGCAACGAUUCCAGGAGCGUAAGCAAUUACAACUGUGAACAAAGCAUAAAUAAUAAAAAUGCGAGAUAUUUCAAGAAACCGCGGAUGACGUGGACCGGAGAUCUUCAAGAGAAAUUUCUCGAAGCCAUCAAAAUAGUUGGUGGGCCUAAAAAAGCUAGUCCAAAGAUACUUCUCAAAUGCUUGCAAGACCUGAAGAUCGAAGGACUCACUAGAAACAAUGUGUCCAGUCAUCUUCAGAAACAUCGUCUAAGUCUUGAACAGAACCAAAUUCCUCAACAGUUUCCAGAGACUGAUUGGUCUAGUUUGUGUAGACCUUCGCCUUUCUUAGGUAUGAACAAUGGUUUCAUUGCACCAUCACCCUUUAUGAAUGGUCCAGCUGUUUACCCGGUCCAGGAAAAUCAAUAUCAAAAUGGUUACUUGUCAACGAACAACAACCACUUCGUUACCAAUAAUAUGCCUGGUUUGUCCUACUUUAACAAUGAUCACCAUCUCCAGCAGCAGUAUCAACAACGACAAUAUCAGCUUCCAAAUCAGGUGAAUAACAUGAUGAGAAGGAAUGAACCUCAACAAGCUUAUAAUGGCAUUGGUUUAACAGAUCUCGAGUCCUCAACUUAUCCAAGUUUGCCUAACGAUCUAGACGAGUUUCUAUUCGAUGGCUACAAUUUCGGUAACUGA